AUGGCGAUUCAAGGGCUUGGUAUUUCCGUCAUGUGCGUCACAUGGGUAUUCACAGCGCUUUCCAUCAUGAUUAUCUCGGGGCGCAUCUAUACCCGAACUCGUCUAUUGAAGAAAAUCACCAUCGACGACUAUCUCGUCGUCUUUACCCUAUUACUAUCGUUGGGCAAUGCCGCGCUCCUAUCAGUAUCUUGCUACUACGGCCUCGGCCAAAACAUCACCAGUCUCGCGGACCCCCACCGCAUCGCCAUGACUCUCAAAUACGUCUACCUAUGCGAAUUCUUCUCCAUCAUGUGUCCUUGCUUCGGUCGCAUCUCGUUCGCCCUUAUGCUCCUUUCUCUGACGCCCCCGACCGUAACGCGGCGCGGACUUCUCUGGACCGUCAUCAUCACCGCCUUUAUCAUCGACGUGGGCACACUCAUCAUCAGCUUUUCUCAGUGCAGGCCCAUUGCCGCCUUCUGGGACGGCCGAGAGAAUCCCGAUUGCUGGCCCAAAGAGGUACAGCGAGACGCCGGUUUUUUCCAAGGGUCCUACGGAUCAGCGGUGGAUUUGACAUUGGCAGCUUUUCCAACCAGCUUAUUCUGGAAUCUGAGAAUGUCUCUCAAGCAGCGAAUCAGCCUGAGUAUCAUGAUGGGCUUUGGCGUCUUCGCCAUGGCCGCAUCAAUCUUCAAAACAGUAGAGCUCCAAGCCAUCACCAACACAGAGAAUGUGACGUACGAAAUGGCCAAACUCGCCAUCGGCUGGACUCUGGAAGCAAACUUUGUUCUCAUUGCCGCCUCGAUUCCAACAUUGCGACCAAUUUUAAAGUCCAAGAAGCAAAAGGAAUAUCGAAACAGCUACAGUCAGCGAUCCGUGCCGAACCGCCGAACCGGUCAAUUUCCGUUUGAAUUGCUCGAUGACGACGCGCUGCACGGAGCCACAGUCGAAACAAAGGGUGAAUCGGAUAUUUCAGCCUAUCAGAUGAGCACCGUUUCUCACAGCGAGGAAGGCGCAUUCCCAGAAGUUGACAGAAUUCGUCGGGAUAUCACCGUUGCUGUUUCGUAUGAGCGGCCAUGA